CUCGCAGUCAGAGGGCUCACACAGGAAGGAAAUGAAGAGAGACAGAGACACAGUAAGAGGCAGAGAGACAGAGAGACGGGGGAAAACAGCCGAGAAGGGUCACUGGGGUUUUCCACUGUGUAGGAUUAGAAAAGACAUGAGAAGAAGCUAAGGCAUAGAGAGGAGGGGAAACAUGUAUAGUAACAGACAGAUCAGACGGCAGUGAGUGUAGUUGUGAGCAGUGAAUAAGUGUCAGAAAAAGAGGAAGACGAAAGAGAGAUUGCACCUUGACUGAUGCUUAGUGAGCUAAGAUAAAUUAAACAGCUACUGCCACUUACUAAGGGAAGAGUGUACAGGAAGACUGUCGUUGUAGUCUUAAGCUUAGAUAUUUUACACACAGGUGGACGACAGUAAUUGAAUGGGCAACAAAUACCCACAAUGAAUUGCACGGAUAAGAAUAAAUACAUCAGUGAAAAUGGGAGAUGCUGUGAUCGUUGUCCUGCAGGAUCGUACAUGAAAGCUGAGUGUGAUGGCACAGAGAAGACAAAGUGUGAUGAAUGCGAACCUGGGUUCUACACAGCCACAAAGAAUAACUUGAGAAAAUGUCACGUCUGCAAGCAGUGCAGUUCCAGUUACAACCAGAGGACAGUAACGGACUGCAGAGCUAAGCACAACACAGUGUGUCAGUGUGUGACUGGUUUCUACUGUAGUGAUAAUGCCUGUGACCACUGCCAGCCGGUUACCAGCUGCCGACUGGGUAAAGGGGUCAAGGUUCUAGCCACUCAAAUGAAUGACACCGUCUGUGCUCCUUGUGAAGAAGGGACCUACAGCAACGUAACAGAUUUCCACUCACCAUGUCAAAAACAUACCAGAUGCGAGGACUUCAGGAGAGUGUUGGAAACUCCUGGAACCAAAACAACUGAUGCCAUCUGUGGUGACUUUAAAACUGAUUGUCACUGGAUGUUACCCGCAGGCCUGUGGUCAGGACUCGUGUUGACCGCACUUGUCCUGUUUGGUCUCAUCUGCUGGAGGGAAAAACGCAAGUCAUCCAGAACAGUCAGUUCCAGUGUUCCUGUUAAGCUGAUUGAAAUGGUUCCAGCUGAACGCAACAGUCUGCUGGAUCUGCCUCUACCAUCUACGGAGCUGAAAGGUUACUGCCAAGAGAGUUGCAUUGUGAAUGGCUGCGAGUUACCACCUUUUAACUCAGAUGAUAUUGCGGUCAGUGACGGCACACACGACAGCAUGGACAGCUGCCGUCCUAUAACUCCACUGAAGGUUACAGUUUCGUUCGCUGAAUCCAGCAACAAGAAUGGAAGUGUUGGAUACUACACCAGCAACUUCCAAAGAACCUUUUCAGAGCCACAGGAGGACGAGUGGUGCGGGACAUAAUCAAGUAAAUGUUGUUGUUAAAGUCCAGAGUCCCUCUCCAGCCAGAUUCUGCAACCAUUUUUCCAACUUUAAACUGGAUCUAUUUAUACGAGAGAGAGAAAGAAAGUUUGCUGCCCCCUGCAGGAGUGAUGUGAUAUUUAUGUAUUGUAUUUACACGGGUGCAGCUCUGUGCUUCAGUAAUUUCAUUUGAUAUGAAUAAGUAUUAGAUAGGAGCUUCACAAGUGAAAGCAGCGCUGUCUGCGGUUUUUGUGUUUUACAGCUUAGUGGUGUCUAUUUAAAAGUAACUCUGUUGAUAUUCUAUAGAUUUCUUACUUUAGACAAAUCUCACGAAAAGACCAAAACCAACAGCCGACAAUGAAUGUACCCCAAUUAUUUGUGUAGUCCGAGUCUGAAGUAGCUUAUUCCUGUGUGCCACAGAGCUCCAUUGUUCUAAAAUAUUUAAAAAAACAUCAAUGAGACACAUUGUUGCAGACAUGUUCCUUCGUUACCAUGAACACAGGCACUGUAGUUUAAAUUUGUUCUGUAAAUGUACAUUAAUCUGCAGCGUUUAUUCCUGUUUGAGUUAAAUUGCUAAAAACUACAGUUCCCUGCUGUUUAAGAAAAUGUGUCUUUUCUAAAUGAAACUUUGUGGCCUUUAAAAAACAAACAAAAACAUCUUCAUAAGAAGCAAUGGGCCGAGUGCCACAGAAAAGCCUGAAAAUUGAAAGACGGACUAACCAAUCGUUGGUGUUUUCAUGGGAUUUGUUGAUAAUAACAAUUUAACAUUUAAAAAUAAAUAAUAUUUUUUUUACAUCCUUUAAUGUGAACUGCGUCUUUGUAAUUAUAUUUUAAAGGAUAUCUAAUUUAACUUAUAUUGUUCCAACCAGGCUGAAAAAAGUCUUCUUACACUGUAUUAUAAAUUCUGACCACUGACUUUUUGUAUUUAUAAAACUAUAUGAUAAAGAUAAUAUCACACAUGCUACUGACAUUUUAAAGUUGGAGAAUGAUGGAAUAAAGAUGUAGCAGUGACACAAGA